ACAGGCCUCUGAAAAAAACCCUGCAGCCAACUUUCGGUUCUGCUCUGCUCCAAGGAAAGCUGGUGCUGCUGCUCUCUGCCCCUUGCUCUUCUCCUUCUCCUGUGCCCGGAUCCUGCUUGUGCUCUUCCUCUUCCUCUGCCAAGGCCAGCCUCACAUCCUCCUCUUCCUCUAUCCCUGGAAGAGGACCAGGGUGUGUCUGGUGGGACUUACGGCCGGGCGUCUGCUUACUCCUUCACCCCAGGAAGGACCUCGGAGCCGGCAGGAGCUCAAAAAACCUUCCCUUCGAUUUACAAUCUCGCCAGCAACUCGCUGAAUAUUUAGAAUAGCAAGAUGCUGAGAAGACACUCCGGGCUGCCCUAAGCCCCCUUCCAUUGGCUGGGAAAUAUUGGGGUUGCAUUCCAGCACCAAGGAAUGCUAAUUUCAGGUGAUGUCUUCCCCAAGAAAUUCGAGCCGUCCAGGGCCCAGCUCCACGGCCCCGGAGGAAGGCGGUCAAAUCAACAUCCCUGGAAUUAUUCGGAAGAAACGGGAUGGUGAGACGCUUCAGCGGGAGGAAAUCCGCUACUUCGUGCAAACUCUCGGCAGUGGCAGGUCGCGGGAGGGGCAAAUCGGGGCCAUGUUGAUGGCCAUCCGUUUGAGAGGCAUGGAGCUGUCCGAGACGUUGGUGCUGACCCGGGAAAUCGCUGCUUCGGGGACUACCUUGGAGUGGCCGGCACAAUGGCGAGGACUGCUGGUGGACAAGCACUCCACGGGGGGCGUGGGGGACAAAAUCAGCCUGCCCCUGGCUCCUGCGUUGGCGGCCUGUGGCUGCAAGGUGCCCAUGAUCAGUGGCCGGGGACUGGGCCAUACUGGGGGCACGCUGGACAAGUUGGAAUCCGUGCCAGGCUUCUGCGUUUCCCAGAGCCCAGAGCAGAUGAAAGAGAUCCUGGAAAAAGUCGGUUGCUGCAUUGUAGAGCAAAGCCAACAUCUGGUCCCAGCUGACAAAGUCCUCUAUGCCCUGAGAGAUGUCACAGCCACGGUGGACAGCCUGCCCCUCAUCAUCAGUUUCUAUGAGCUCGGGGGGAAGAGCUGUGCACCAUGGUCUCAGCGGCUCCUUUCUUGGCCCUUAGGUUCCAUCCUGAGUAAGAAGGUAGUGGAGAAGCUUUCCGCUCUGGUGCUGGAUGUCAAAUUUGGCAGUGCCGCCUUGUACCAUACACUGGAGAGUGCUGAACAGCUUGCCCGAAGCCUGGUGUCCGUCGGAAACCAGCUCGGGAUGAAAACAGCUGCAGUCCUGAGCAGGAUGGAUGAGCCCGUGGGUGGCCGGGUAGGCAACUCCUUGGAAGUCCUCGAAGCCUUGCAGUGCCUGGAAGGAGGCGGCCCCGAGGACCUCCGUGAGCUGGUCACCACUCUAGGGGGCAUCUUGCUGUGGCAGAGCGGGCGAGCAGGCUCUGUGCCCGCGGGGGCCGCCCAGAUCGGCCAAGUCCUGAGCAAUGGCGCUGCCCUGCGCACUUUCCAGGCCAUGCUGGAGGCUCAAGGGGUGGAGGCCGAGGUGUCCCGCCUGCUGUGCGAAGGGACGGAGGAGCAGCGUUUGGCAGUGCUGAAAGUGGCUGACAUCCAGGAGGAGCUGCCGGCUCCAGAAGAGGGGACCGUGCAGCAGAUCCAGGCUCUGCCCAUCGCGCAGGUGCUCCAUGACUUGGGGGCUGGACGGACCCAGGAGGGGCAGCGGAUCAACCCCCGGGUGGGCGCGGAGCUGCUGGUCUCCACGGGGAAGCGAGUGGCCAAAGGAACUCCAUGGAUCCGAAUCCACUACGAUACCCCCAGGCUCAGCCAGACCCACCGAGAAAUCUUACAGAAGGCCCUGAUUCUGGGGGACCUGGAGCCCUUCACCCCGGCCUCCAAGGUGGUGAAAAUCCUUCUUCCUACCGAAGAGUCAGCAACGGCUGGAUCACAGGGGGGGAGGAAGGGGGUCCCUGAGAGAGAACAGCCAGGAGGAGAAGCAUGGGAGCAGCAGCACCCUCCAAGCAACUAGUAACUUACAAUACUAGACUUAAGAACUGCCUCAACCUCAUCUUUUGUAAUAACACGAACUCAAUUUAUGGACUACAAAUAAAAGAACCCUUUUCCAACAGUGAUCACUGCAUGAUUGACUUUUGUCUAAAUAGACGCCCUCACAUAAAUCGUCAUAACAAUAGUACUCCAAACUAUAAUUUUAAAAAAGCCAACUAUGACCUUAUAAACAAUGAUCUCUCAUUUCUUGACUGGCAAAAUGUAUUCUCAACCUGUAUCACUGCAGAAGACCACU